AUGGACGACUCGGAUUCUUCCUCGUUAUCCUCAGCUCCAUCUUCCGAGGAUGAAGAGAUGGUCCAACGAAUGACGAAACCCACCGGGUUGGCUCGUUACUUCAAGCCUGCGCCCAAGGAACCCACGCCAGAGCCUCCCAAACGCGCCCCUUCCCCUCCGCACGAAUAUACUCUCGCCGACAAUGAGGCGAUUGCCGUGAUUGUUAUGUUUCGGAGUAGAUUUCACGACGCGUUCCCCAAGUCCCUGCCACAUUAUGGUCCGCAAGACAUUGAACGGGGCGUCUCUGGUGACCGCCCGGACGAACAAGUCGAGAGACUCUUGUGCGCGCUCUUGGGUCUGGUGUUGAACAGAAAGAAGGAUGUCGAACGAGGACACUAUGGCCGAGCACUCGAAGAUGCCAUCUCAGCAAACAACAAUCAAUGGCCAACUGUGUGGAACAGCGUCAAUCCUUUACAUGGCGGGAAGAACUUUAACAACAUGACACCGGAAGAACGGCUGAGUCUGCUGAAGGCCCUGGUUCUGUGGUCACUCAAUUCGUCAGAGGCAGUGCAAGGUCUCAUCAAAGAAUCAUACAAACAAACCCGUCGCGACGACGAUCGGAAUCAGCCACGCAGUGUUCAGCCCUGGUUCUCAGAUCAAUAUCGACGGAAGUACUGGCUGAUCGAGGGAUUGGAAGAUUCACAUUUCCGGAUAUAUAGGGAGAACGAUGGAAAAACUGCAAAAACCAACACCUGGUUCAGCGUUGCGGGAUCAAUUGAGGAUGUCAAGGCGUUGGCAGACAAAUUCGGCGAAGAGCACACCUCGAACUCCAAGUUAAUUGCUGACAAGCUACGAUCGGCUGUUCCCAGAUUUGAGGCUGGUGAAGAGAAGCGCCGACGGCGGGAUUACCGCCUGGCCCGCAAAGCCGCAUUUACGCGACCGGAUCCCGGAUUCUCCAUGUAUGAAGGACGAACUCGGGGCAAGAGGAUGAGAUAUACAUUUUCGGACGAUGAGGACGGGUCUGAUGGACUCUCUAGCCGGCGGUCUGCACGAAACUCCGGCAUUGCUACCCCUCUGGAAGCGGGACCUACGGUCACUGCGAGUGGCAGGCAAGUCAAAUCUCGAGUAGGGGGAGUAUACGGCGAGAGUAUACUUGUCGACCAGCGCAAAGAGUUGGAAAAGACAACCGGGGAGGGUCACUUUACGGAAACCAGCGAAGACAUGCCUGGCACGGCCCCAAAUGGGCGAGGCUUCCGCACAUCGAGGUCGGGUCGAGCCGUCAAGCCGGCAAAGAAGACUUAUCCAGACGACGUAGACUCGGAAAGCGACGAGGCUCAAUCAUCGGGGAAGGAGUGGAGUGGAAAUGAGGACGAGCCCGAUGACUCAGAGCCGGACUUUGACGCCGAAGAUGAGGAUGAAGCAAUGAGCGAUCAAGUAGUCGAGCCGGACGACUUGGGAGAGGACGAUAAUACCCAGGAGAGUCUGGUGGUGCAGUUGAGAUAUCGAAAGAGUGAAGAACCGCCUCAAGAGAUCCAGCAGCACCCACCGGUUCAACCAGUCACGAUUGGUAUCUCCAAUUCCAGCGAUGGAUUGGCGCCGGCGGAAAAUGAUGGCAAAGCAGCACUCGCGCCGACUGCUGAGGUUGUUAUGGGUACCACGCAAGCGACUCCAGCAUCAAAAGGCAGCAAUGGUGUUCCCAGUGUCACGAAUGGACUCGAUGUCCCGGAAAACAAUGGUUCAUUACUUUCUCCCCCGCCCGCGCCGAUGCCCGCGGAACCUACGCACAUAUCAUAA